GAGGCAAGGUAAACAUUCAGAAGCAAUGUGGAAACAGAAAUUAUGGAAGUGCUGUUUGACUUAUACUCAAGGAAAGAAUUAGUACUCAAGGAAAAAAAAAUGUGUUACAAAGACAAAUCGAGUAGCAUCCCGAAACUAAAAUAGCAUCUUGUUUUGCUUUUCAUAUGACUUCUCAGGAGUCUGUAAAAGAAGGAUCAAAGUGGUGAUUUUGUUUUGAGAAGCCAAAACUUUUUGCAUCUGGCUGUUUGGAAUGUGUGUUAUGUAAUAGUACUAAAUUCUGCUACAAAAAUACUGCUGAACUGUGUGUGCUUGAUCUCAGUUUGGAUGGUGCUAAUGAUGCUGUUACGUUGAGAUACUGUGUUUAACUAAUCACUGUAAUAAGGUAUCUUUGUUAAGGUGUGCGUGACUGUACUGGCUCAUAAAUGAGCUGCAGUGGCUUGUUAUAGGGGAUAAAGAAAAGCAGUUGGAGAUGGUGUUUUGGAGCUGUUUGGUUAAGAUUUUCUUAGUUAACUGAUCUUUGCUGUUAAGAGUAGGUUUUUCCGGGAAACCAGAUGCACUCGGGUAUACAUGAUAACCUUUUUGCUACACCAGCCUGGCCUGCACAGUGUGCACCUUAUGCCUGCAUAACAGACAGAAGGGUCGCUACUGCCGUGGCUGCUCAGAAGGGUGAGGAGGAGAGGGCAGGAGCAGUGUUGUCGAAGGUUUGGCAGGAUUCAGGGGCGGGUUUGGCCGUACUGCGGGCACGGGGGGUACUUCUUUCUGCCAGACGUGGAGAAGAGCAUCCUCUGCCAUCGGGGACCUGCUGUAGGGAGCAGCGCCGGGAACUGCAGGGCUGACGGGCAGCACUGGUGUGGGCACGGGGGCACGCCGGCAUUGGAAGGGGACUGCCUGAGUAAAAAUACUACACUGGAAACAGGAAAGUGACGUUUAUUAAACCUUCACGCCCAGGUGCUGUAUUUCUGCCCCCCCCGCAGCAGGUGGGGGGGCGCCGCCGUUCCCCUCAGCCCUGACCGCAGCCGCGCCUGCGCGGCGGGGAGCGAGGGUCGGGCGGCCCCGGCUGAAGCGAGGGACGAGCAGCGUCCGUGUCCCGGAGGCGGCACCGGGCAGUUAUGGGUGAUGAGUCAGUACCAUUUUUGCUGGACCAAGGAACCACUAAAACAUAUCAAAUACCUAUUAGUCAUCUGGACUACAAAUUCAUUGAAAAAUGCACAGAUGUUAAGCACCUGGAAAAGAUUCUCAGAGUGUUAAGGUCUGGUGAAGAGGGAUGUUACCCUGAACUUACGUUUGUUUGUGAAAAGCGUAUUGAGCAUUUAGAUCCAAAGAGCAGAGCUCUGAGAACAGAUAAGCCUGCAGCCACAGCUUCUGAUUUCACAGCUGAGGAGUGGGAAACAAUUAAUGAUGAGCUGAUGAGCUGGCUGACAGAAAUGAAUGAAGAUGAUAAGAAAUCACAGUUCCUGAGAACAGACACAUCAAAUGAAAAUCAAGAUGACUUGCCUCCCAUUCGUUGUUCCAGCAGCUGUCUUCCUGCUAAUCAGAACAGGACACUGCAAAACAAACAAAGAAACAAGAAGAACAUUCCACGGGAUUACAGUGAAUGGGAAAAGUUCGAUGUUGAAAAGGAAUGUUCUAAAAUUGAUGAAAGCUGUGAAGAAAGUAACUCAAAAUCAAGAUUCUUCAAUAGGCCAAGUCUGCCUAUUAUCAAAAAUACAAUAGACACAACUGGAAUGACAAAGAGAGAGAAAAUCUUUGUUGCUACUCGUGAAAAAGAAAAGGGCAACGAAGCCUUUGCCAUUGGCGAUUAUAUGGAAGCAGUGACAUAUUACACUCGGAGUAUAUCAGUAAUACCGACUGCAGCUGCAUAUAACAACAAAGCUCAAGCAGAAAUCAAACUUCAGCACUGGGACAGUGCUUUGCAGGAUUGUGAGAAGGUACUAGAUAUGGAACCUGGCAACAUAAAAGCUCUGCUGCGCCGUGCCACUGUACACAGUCAGCUGCAGAAUUAUCAAACAGCCAUAGAGGAUCUGAAUAAAGUAUUGGGUGUUGAACCAGAAAACCCUAUAGCUAAGAAAAAUCUGCUGGAGAUUGAAGAGAAACUGAAAGGUUUAAAGCCUGUAUCUGAGAUUCAAGGCAAAGGAAAAAGAAUACUUAUUCAAGAGAUAGAGGAUUCAGAAUGUGAUGAAGAAAGAGGGGAAAAUACAGAAGAAUGUGAAAGAAGUGGUGGAGAUAAAAGAACCGCUGUGCCAGUGGCAGCGGAGGCGGCGGCCGGGGAGCCCGCGAUGGGCAACGCGCACAGAAAGUUCCGUAGCAAAGGAGGCGGCGGUAAGGCGGAGGGCAGAGAGAAGCAGAAGCAGAAGGAGCCCACUGAGAGCGGAUUAAAAAUAGACACACCAGAAAAGAAACCAGGAAAGCAGUUGUCAGACCACGAAGGUGAAGUUAAUGGCUAUUUACACAGCGAUCAGAAGAGUGAAAGCUCUGAAUCUGGGAGCUCCAGAUGGUAUACCGCAGGGUCUCAGUGGUCGAGUGGUGCCAGUCCUACUUCACUUCCUGCUAUUGCAGCAAAACUAAAAAGUGAAGGAAACGAGUUAUUUAAGAGUGGACAGUUUGGAGAAGCUGUGCUCAAAUACUCGGAAGCAAUUGAAUAUGUCAUUGGUCUAGGAGAACGAAGUCCAGAUGAUUUAAGUAUCUUGUACUCAAACAGAGCAGCAUGUUACCUCAAAGAAGGGAACUGCAGUGACUGCAUUCAGGAUUGUAACAGAGCUCUGGAGCUUCAGCCGUUUUCCCUUAAGCCUCUUCUACGACGAGCAAUGGCAAAUGAGUCGAUGGAGCGGUAUCGACAGGCGUACAUUGAUUAUAAAACAGUCCUACAAAUAGACAGCAGCAUCCAAGCAGCAAAUGAUAGUGCUAAUAGAAUAACGAAGACUUUAAUAGAUCAGGAUGGUCCCAGUUGGAGGGAGAAACUGCCACCAAUUCCAGUUGUUCCAGUUGCUGCUCAGUUACACAGGUGGGAUGGAGGAAACGUCACUUCAGAGAAUAAGCCAGGAAGUACUAUAGACAUCAACAGAGAAGAACAAUUGGAAAUGAAUUGUGAGGAAGCUAUGGAGAAAUUCAAGAGAUUGAAAAAUGAAGGGAAUGAUUUUGUAAAACUGGGGGAAUAUGACGAAGCUAUAAAUAAAUACAGUGAAUGCAUGAAGUUAAAUGCUGAGGAAUGUACGGUCUACACUAACAGAGCUCUCUGUUACUUGAAACUGUAUAAAUAUGAAGAGGCUAAGCAGGAUUGUGAUCAUGUUCUUCAGAUAGAAGAUUCUAAUAUUAAAGCUUUUUAUAGAAGAGCACUAGCGUACAAAGGAUUACAGAAUUAUCAAGCCAGUGUUGAUGAUUUCAACAAGGUACUUCUAAUAGAUCCAAAUGUUCUUGAAGCACAAAAGGAACUAGAGGAGGUAACCCAACUGCUUCACCUUGACAGCAGUGCUGGAGCUGGCAGUCCACAAAAGCAAAGGAAGGAAGUAACCAUACAAGAGGUGACUGGACAUGAUGAACAGGAGGAGAGACAGUUUGCUACAUCAGAUGAUGUUGUGACUGAUCACAUUACUUCCAAAGAAGCAGUUCAAAAGAAUGUGCCACUGAAGUCCUCUGAGAAACUGCGCAUUUGUGAACCAUCUAAUGCCUAUGACUUUGGCCAGAUUAUAAAUACAGUGAAUGCCAAUAAGGAUAAAGCUGCUUGUGCAGAUCUUUUAACAAUUACUGAUCCGAAAAAAUUGCCAGUGCUGCUGAGUAACAAACUUGAAGGAGAAAUCCUUCUGAUAUUUAUCCAGUCAUUGGAACAUUAUGUAGCUGGAAAAGAUCCUGGCCUUGUAUAUCAGCACCUUUUCUACUUGAGCAAAGCAGAAAGAUUUAAGGUGGUGUUGGCCCUUCUUAGCAAAAAUGAAAAAGAAGAAGUACAGCAACUGUUUGACUUACUUUCAGAAAACCAGAGUGAUCAGUACUCAUUGGAAGAUCUUGAGAGCCUUAAAAAGGUUUAUGAACUUUAAGAAGUUAAAGUUUAUUGUCUGCAUGUGGAUAGUUCAUGUGUAAAAGAUGGAUCUAUGAUCUGCAGACUUGAAUGAGUUCAAGUGGGUCUUUACCUGGAGUGCUGAAAUUUUAUUUUGUUUUGACAGCGUAUGCACAUUUAAAACUUGCUGCUCUUUUUUUCUUGUAGUUGUAUACAUCUUUAGAACUUAAUGCAUGCCUGUGUUCAGUAACAGAGUUCAUUUUAUUUGGCGUACUGAUUUUAUUUAGACUGUAUUAAUUAUAUAUAGAAAAAUAUGUUUUACAUUAUAUGUAUAUAAUGUGAAUUAUCUUGAUGGUGGAAUAGAUAAUAUACUUUUUAGUCAUCACUUGUUAUAUCAUUUGGUGAGUUCUAAGUUCUUGAGAUAAAGAAGUGAGAUAAAUGGGUCAGUUAGCAGUAGUUUUGCUAAAAUAAGUUUACAAAAAGUAUUAACACUUUUCAGAUAAACUACUACAGGCCACCUGUUUCUUUGGUAUCCCUGGUCUAUACAAAACAGAUUUAAAUAUUUUGGCACAAUACAACUUAGUAGCAAAGGUGAAUGAAUAAUGUAUUAGCUUGUCAUGGAACUCUUUGAAACAAAAUUGUUAAACAUUGGGCAUGUUUUAACAAAUGAAUAAUUUUUAGUGCACAGAGAAUUACUUUUUUUUCUGUGUGUGCUGAAGGACUGCUGGUUUGCCUGGCUUUUUUUUUUUUUGCAGUGACAGUGGUAAACAGAAGAAAACGUGGCUGCACUUCACAAUAGAAAUAUUUAUCUCUGAGUUUUGUAAUUGGAUUAUUUAAAACAUCAGCUGUUUCUGUUUACAGGCAUAUUUAUAAAACUAAAAGUAAAAUAAUUUUGUGGAUCAGUAUGAUUUUUUUUUAUUUCAGGCAGUACUUAUGUUUUAUAUUUGACUCUGACAAUGCUUCAAAGAUGAAGCUUUUAAAUUUUUCAAAUACCUGAUGCCUUCUUUGUGUUAUAAAUAACGUGUGUUAUAAAUGUAUAUCAGACUCACAAGCACUGCAGAAAUAUCAUUAAGGAUGUUGUUCUAAUGAAAUUUUUUCUCAGGUGUAUAUUGAUAAAGUUCUUUUCUUGAAAAGGACAAUUAUCGAUUCUCUUUUCUGGUUCAAUACUCUUUAGGCUUACAGUUUUGAAGUGGAUUAUGAGUUUUGUCUUGGAGUGCGAAGAACAAAGCUUUUAGUUUCUGAAGCACCAUCAGAACAACCAAUGGUUUUUGGUUUUAAAUGUCCUCUUUUUAUGAGAUUCUAGUAGUCAAGACAAAUCUGUUGCUCGUCUUAUCCAGUUAAGCAACAACGUGCCAGUUUCAUUCUUCA